GUCUGUAACUUUCAUAACACCGAUGGGGGUUUCAGGUUGCAGGUCUGGUGGGAGGCGAUGAAGCGCGAGAACACGUUUAAAAGUGCUGCAGGAUUCAGACAGAACCAGCGCUCCUGCAUCCAGCUGUGGACAUUCACGAAGUUUCUUCACGAGAACAAAGUUUUCUUCAGAGGUUGACGUUUAGCCAUGGCGGUGUCUUCUGCAUUGUGCAUCUUCAGUCUGUUGGUUCUAGCUCAGGCCCAAUCUGAACUCCAGCAACCCAAGAUUGAACUCCGUCUAGCCGGUGACAAACGCAAGCAUUACGAGGGUCGUCUGGAGGUCUUCUACAACAAUGAAUGGGGAACUGUGUGUGAUGAUGACUUCUCGAUUGAAGCCGCUCACGUGGCAUGCAGGCAACUUGGCUUCUUGGGCGCUGUCGCUUGGUCUCCGUCUGCAAAGUUUGGACAAGGAGAAGGUCGCAUCUGGCUCGACAAUGUCCACUGCACAGGCAGAGAAAACUCUUUAGCUGCAUGCCCCUCCAAUGGCUUUGGUGUGUCGGACUGCAGGCACAGUGAGGAUGUCGGGGUGAUUUGCAAUCAAAAGCGAAUUCCUGGUCACAGGUUCAUCAAUAUCAUGAACAACAAUGUUGAGACUCUUGAAGAACGAGUGGAGGAAAUCCGUAUUAGACCCAUAUCAUCCCACCUCAAGCGCAUACCCAUUACAGAAGGCUAUGUGGAGGUGAAAGAGCGGGGCAAAUGGAGGCAGAUCUGCGAUGAGGAGUGGACACCUUUAAACAGCCGAGUCGCCUGUGGAAUGUAUGGUUUCCCUGGAGAGAAGAACUACAACAACAAAGUCUACAGAUCACUGUCAAUGCGUAAAAAAAAGAACUACUGGGGUUUCUCGGUAAACUGCACUGGAAAUGAAGCCCACGUGUCCAGCUGUAGACUAGGCAAAGCUCUGGAGCCCAAGCGGAACGGCACAUGUGGACGUGGUCUGCCUGUGGUGGUCAGCUGUGUGCCUGGAAGAGCUUUUGCACCCUCAUCCUCCAUCGGCUUUCGCAAAGCCUACAGACCAGAGCAACCCCUGGUGCGUCUGCGGGGUGGUGCAAAUGUUGGCGAAGGCAGAGUGGAGGUGCUGAAGAAUGGUGUUUGGGGAACAGUGUGUGAUGAUAACUGGAAUCUGAAGGCUGCAACUGUAGUGUGUCGAGAGCUGGGAUUCGGAAGCGCCAAAGAGGCUCUCACUGGAGCCAAGUUAGGACAAGGAAUGGGUCCGGUCCACAUGAAUGAGGUGGAGUGCUCUGGAUUUGAGAAAUCUCUCACUGACUGCUACUUUAAUAAUGAUGCUCUGGGAUGCAGUCAUGAGGAGGACGCAGCUGUUCGCUGUAAUGUACCUGCUAUGGGCUUUCAGAAAAGGAUACGACUAAGUGGAGGAAGAAACCCAUUUGAAGGACGUGUGGAAGUUCUCGCUGAGAAGAACGGUUCUCUCGUUUGGGGAACCGUUUGUAGUGAAAACUGGGGGAUUAUAGAGGCUAUGGUGGUCUGCAGACAGCUGGGAUUAGGCUUCGCCAGCCAUGCGUUCCAGGAGACCUGGUACUGGGCUGGAGAUGCGAAUGCAGAUAAUGUUGUGAUGAGUGGAGUCAGAUGCUCAGGAACUGAGAUGAGUCUUCCUCAGUGUCUUCAUCACGGAAAACACAUCAACUGCCCCAAAGGAGGAGGACGCUUUGCCGCUGGAGUCUCCUGCUCUGAUACGGCCCCUGACCUGGUGCUCAACGCUCAGUUGGUGGAGCAGACCACCUAUCUGGAGGACCGGCCCAUGUAUGCUCUUCAGUGUGCUCUAGAGGAGAACUGCUUGUCCAGCACUGCCCGAAAGAAUGACCACAGCUCCUACCGCCGCCUGCUCCGUUUCUCCUCACAGAUACACAACGUGGGCCAAUCCGACUUCAGACCCAAACUGGGAUACCACGCCUGGACUUGGCACGAGUGUCACAGGCAUUAUCACAGCAUGGAGGUCUUUACUCAUUAUGACCUGCUGAGCUUAAACGGCACCAAGGUAGCAGAGGGUCACAAAGCCAGUUUCUGUCUAGAGGACACUCAUUGUGAUGAAGGUAUUUCGAAGCGUUACCAUUGUGCUAACUUUGGUGAACAGGGCAUCACUGUUGGCUGCUGGGACACUUACAGACAUGACAUUGAUUGUCAGUGGAUUGAUGUCACGGAUGUCAAACCAGGAGACUACAUUUUCCAGGUGGUAAUCAAUCCAAACUAUGACGUCGCUGAAUCAGAUUACACCAACAACGUCAUGAAGUGCAAGUGCCGCUAUGAUGGAUACAGGAUAUGGACAUACAGCUGUCAUAUAGGUGGCUCACGGAGUUCAGACAUGGAUGAAUACUCAGGAAUGAGCAACCAGCUGAACCACCUCAGAUAGGAGACGAUGAGCGACGGACAAAGGCUCUCGGUGGAGGACACUGCAGGAUGUCAUGUAGACCAAUAUUCAAAUAUGAUUGACCACUAGAGAGACUCCAGCACUUCAACAGCAGAUCCACUGCUCUUUAACUGACCACCGAGUAUAGAAGUAUGUUCUUUCCUGAUCCUCGUGCGCUGCAGAAGCUAUUUAACUUCCUAAGAUGUACUGUAUUUAUUGCAUUUCUGUGCUUGACUUCUAGAUAGUCCAUCCAAAAAUGAAAAAGUGAGGCAUUGUUUACUCACUUUGGUGCUGUUCUCAUGAAAAAUUAACUAUUGUUGUUAUAUAGUAGAAGUGUGGUAACCAUUCAUUUUGGAUGCAGUGAUGAGGUAUGUUUAAGCACAAUUUUACUGUCAUGGUUUAAUGUUUGCCACUUGAAGUUUUAUGUAAAUUAGUUUGGGGAGGGUAUUAAAGUUACCAUGAAAUGAAAAUAACAUUUUUUAGAUGUUAGUAUCAGCAUUGUUAGUUUUUAAGAUAUCUAUUAGCUAGUGUGCUCUAAAACAAUAGCAAAAAUCAUAUUUAGAAGAUAUAAAACGGAUAUAAACAUGUAAGGCUUGUAUUUCGUCACUUCUGUCUAAAUGAAUCAACGAUUUUUUAUUCACGUCACCUAAUACUUUAGUUUUUCAUCAAACCACAACUAAUCAAAUGCUCUCUAGUAUCUGACAUGCCCCGCCCCCCUUCAAGAUGAUCAUUUGAUGUGCUUGAGCUCAACCACUCUCACUGGUAGAGCAGUGAUAAAAACAAAAUGCUAUUGGCUGUUUUUCCACCCUCUCUUCGUGUUUCUGUUGAAAUUACGUCAAACAUCGAAUAAAAGUGAAUAUUUCAAAGCACUUGAUAGGACCUUUAAAAAAUGUCCAUAUAGCCUCGGCGAGCAUCUGUAAAAACAUACAAUCCAAAAAUAAUAACCAAGCCAGAACGGUCCCUGCAGGUUAUUAUUAUACAUGUAAAACUUUGUAAACCAUUUUUUUUCAUAGUUCUAAAUUAGAUGUCUUUGACAUUUCACAGAUAUUCAGUAAAGAUAUUAAACAAUUGGUAGUUAAUAAUCUACAAUUGUUAGAAAUGCAUGUAGACGCACACAGCAAACUAACAGAAUAAACUCAGUUGGUUCCCGUUUACUUGUUGGUUUGAUGUUUUUCGUUAUAUACGCAUAUAACGAAAAAUAUAUAUUUUUAAUACACUUAAAUUUUUGUUUAUAUACUUAAAUAUUUUUGUUUAUAUACUUAAAUUUUCCUGACGAUUUUAUAAUAUUUCGAUAAUUUCUACAUUUGAAGAAUUCAUUUGCCAAAACAGAAAACUUCAUCAUUCUUUUCAUGGUCAUUUGUGGAAUAACAUGAUUUAUUCAAAUAAAAACAGUGAUCAACUUGACCUGAAGGAUUAUCCUGUAAUUUUGAGACAUCUAAUUUAGAAUUAUAGGGGCAAAAAAUGGUUUAAACAGUUUUACAUGUAUAAUAAUAUCCUGCAUGGACCGUUCUGGCUAGGUUAUUGUAGGUUUUGUAGGUUAUCACAUCUUUAAUAGUUUGGGAAUGUUAUUUCAUGGUUCCAAAAAAAAUAAAAAAAAAAUAAAGAAAAUGCUCCCUCUAAACAGCCAGUAAAAAUGUAUUUUAGCAGAAUGUUACAUAUUUUCUGGAUUUUCACUAAAAUUGUGUGGAAAACAGUGAGGAGGAACUCAUAAAGUCUGUCAUUUCUUUGCUCAGAAAAUCAUUGGAAUGACACCAGAGUGAGUAAAUAAUGACCGUGUGUUCAAUUUGGGAUGGACAAUCUCUGUAUUCAUGUAAUUUCAAGCUAUUCAAAACUGGGAUCUUUUUCUUACUUUCUUUCUACAUUUAUUUAUAAUAUCCCAAAGCCUGUAGUUUCGUGAACCCAACCCCAUUCUGGCUGUCAGACUCUUUUUGUGGUUAAUUCAUCAAGCAUGUCAAGUUAUUUAUUGUGAGUCAGUCAGGGAUUAUGUUUUAUGUCAAAUUUUGUGUAUGCAAUGUGAAACUGUAAGAAUGUGUUGGUAUUUGUGAAGCAUCUGCCCUCCGUUUUAUGAGGGUGCCUAUCUGUAUGACCAGUUCAGUGGUUUCCAGAAAUGUGUUCAUGACUAAACUGCACAUUUGCACAAACCAUUGUAAUGAUUUCUGUAAUAAAAACAAUUCUUAUGUAAA